UCAUAUAUUAUCACUGGUUAAAGUUUAGGAUACCCUGCGCAUACACGAAAAAUCAUUUUUUGUCUAAAUAGUGUAUGUUUUGAAACAUUCUCUAUAUGUACAUACAAACAAAUAGAACUCUAGAUCCGAGUGCAUUGAGCAACAAUUGCUAGCGUUUAAAUGUGUUUGGCCGCUUAGUUUGUUGUUAUGAAUAUAUCGAAAGUGACAACAUCGCUUGCUGCUGCGGCUGCUGCCGCCGAAAAAGCGAAACCCGAACGUGUAACAUCUGCAACGGCAGCGCUCAAUUUUAAUACAAUCUCCAUACAAAAGCGCAGCAGUGUGGACGACAAUGAUGAUCCAAAUCGCAAGAAACUAAAACGCGACAUUGUUAUAUGUACGCCCACGACCAGUUUACCCGCCAAACAGCGUGCAGCUACAGCUACAGCUACAGCUACAGCAACAACAACAACAACAACAACUGCAGCAGCAGCAGCAGCAGCCCCACCAGCAACAACAACACAAACAGCAGCAGCAGCGUCCACAACAGCCACAAUCAGCGCUGGGCCAAGUAAAACAACUCCGGGCGAGCCACAGACAACAAACAUUUUGGCCGCCUCCAGUAUUGGCGGUAACUUUGUCAGUCAUACGAAUGCAAAGACAGAAGCUGCUCCAACUCCUGUUGACGUCUGCUGGGAGCAGCGUGAUGACCAAAUAAUUGUUUGUGAAAUGAGCGCCAUCAAGCCAGAGGAGUCGUCCGCUACCAAAAACAUCACCAGCAGCAACAGCAACAGCAACAACCCAAAGCAAACUUUUGCCAGCUUUACCAAAAAAGAUGUCACAACAGCAUCGGUCUCAUCAUCCUCCUCCACAGCCUCCAUUAUCUCCAUUGAGCCAAGCGCCGAACAGCCGCCAAGCAACAACAGCGAGCAGCAGCUGGUCAAAGCUGUGACCGUUGAGGAGCUCGACUAUGUGCUGCUGCCUGCCACAACGACGGCUGAGCUAAAGCCGGCAACACACGAGGCAACAGUCACAAAUAAUAAUAAUAACAACAGCAGUGCUAACAGCAGCAGCAGCAGCAACAAUGUGGCUAGCAGCAGCGGCAGCAGCAGCAGCAACAGCACGGCCACUGGCAACAUGACGCAAAAGGCAACGCCAACGACACAGCUGCAAGCGGGCAGCUAUAACAUGUUCAAUAGCGGCGCCACAACAUCUACUGGCACAGCAACAGCGGCCGCAGCGCUGGUCAAUCGCGUCAAUUUGCAUGCCAAGUUGAAAGGCCAGCAGCUGAUGGUGAACGCCAAAAAGUUGGGCGAGGUUACGCAGACAACGGCCAAGGUGUCCAUUGGUAAUAAGACGAUAUCGGUGCCGCUUUUGAAGCCGCUGGGCAGCACGCAAAUACUUCAGGGCGGGCAAUUGAUAAGCGCCAGCGGUGCAACCACGGCAGGUGGGGCAACAAUUGUUGAAAGCAAACAACAGCUGGCGACAACAACAACGGCGACAGUAGCCUCACAACAACAACAACAGCAGCAGCAACAGCAGCAACAACAACAGCAUUUGCACAUCGCCAAACUGCUGAAGGGGCCACGCAAAACUCCGACAACAAUUGUGUCAUUUGCCAACGUGCAAAUCAAGCCGGCCAAUACCAAAAUUGUCACCGCCAAGGUGGUUAGCAAAAAGAUGUCGCUGCAAUUUCAGCAACAACAGCAACUGCAGCUGCAGAUACAACAGCAGCAGCAACAGCCCAGCGGCGGCAGCAUUGUUACCAUAACACCAACAAAUGUAAAUCAAACAUUUACCAUGCUGCAGCAACAGCCACAGCAGCAGUCUCAGGAUAAACAGCACGAUGCCGAGUCGCUUGAGCAGCAGCAGCAGCAACAGCCGAAGACGAUCAGCUACAGCGAGAAUAUACAAAAGAUUUUGCUAAACAAAAGUAAAUCUUUGGAUGGGGGCGAUGCUAGUACCGAGUUUGGCAAGAUCAAUAGCGUUGUCAUCAAGCCACUGGACAAGACCCAAUUGCACUGUACGCCCAGCCUUAAUAUAUUCAAGCAGCAGGUGCAGCAGCAGCAGCAGCAGCAACAACAGCAGCAGGUAGGAUCAUCUGCAGCGGGGGAUGAAACGCUGGUGAAGUCAACAGCUGGCGCCACGCUCUGCACGCGCAACAUAAUAUCCAUACAGAAGAAUAUCUCGCUGGUGGUGUCCAAGACGGGGCUGGCGCAGCAAAAGCCCAAAUUGAUAACGACAUCAGCGAACAGCGCAACGCUGCAAAUGCAGCCGUUCAAUCCGCACGAGGCUGGCGACACUGUGGCCAAGCUGCAGCUAAAGGCGCAGCCGAUCAAGCUGAACGAAACACUCUCGCUCAAGCCAGCCGAUGCCGGCGACAGCGAGGCAGCCAAACCGAAGCUGCUGCUGGUCAAGCAGGCAACGGCUCCGCCGCCGGACAGCCAUAAGGAUGUGCCAGCCGAGCAGCAGGAACAGGAGCUGGGCAAUGCCACGGAGAAGCGUCUGCAGCAGCCCAGUCGUGUGGAAGACUCCAACAAUGCCCUGCUCAAGCAAUUGCUGCAAAACAGCAGCAACAGCAGCGCCAGCAACAGCAACAACAACCACAAUCUGCAACAGAUUUCCAUUACUUCGGCGCCGCUGUCCGCGCGCAAGGUAAUCAAUGUGCGUGCGCCCAGCAUGGGUCUAGUCAGCUCGCUGGAGGCGCAACUGGCACGGCCCGUCAUACCGCCCGUCCCAGCGGCCGUCAGCAGCAACAGCAACACUAGCAGCAGCUGCAACACGAUAACAACAACAACGGCCACCAUGGUCGCCAUCAGUCUGACGUCCACGCCAUCCACGCCAGCCGAGCCACAAAAGCUGCUCGAGUUGCAGCAGCAGCAGCAGCAUCAUCAGCAGCAUCAACAGCAGCAGCAUCAACAGCAGCAUCAACAGCAGCAGCAGCAUCAGCAGGAGGCAGCCGCUGCAGCAGCAACAUUGACAACAGUCACAACAGCAGCAACUACAGCAACAACAGCAACAGCAGCAGCAGCAACUGUUGCACCUCCGCCAGCGCCGCAGCUGAAGCAGUCGGUGCAAAUUGUGUCCAAGGAGACCUCCUUUAUAUCCACACCCGUCGCACCUAAUGCUGCUGCUGCUGCAGCUGCCGCUGCUGCAGUUGCAGCUGCUGCAAUGCCCGCUGUGCCAAAUAAGCUGCCGUCCGCUUUGAUUGUCGAGCCGAGCAUAAAGACAGAUCCGCUGCCGCCCCCGCCACCGUACGAGCUGAGCGCCGGCCACGUAUCGAAUGUGACCAUUUCCAUAACGACCAAGCCCAGCAAGGAGCAGCUGCUCAAGAUCAACAAACUGGAGGCCCAUGAUGAGGCGCAAGCGCAGGCGGAUGCCGAGAGGCCGCACUCAACGGCGCCCGUGCACAGCGACAACUGGAAGCUGCAGGACAAAUCGGCAAAUCUGAACCUGCUCAAUAGCGAGGCCUUGAAACGCAAGUUGCCGCUGCAGCAACAACAACAAAUGCAACAGCAGCAACAUCAUCAACAUCAGCAACAGCAGCAGCAGCAACAUCAGCAACAGCAGCAGCAGCAGAUUGAGGAGAAGCCAGCGUUGGAGAUUAAGAGCGAAAUUGCUUUGGUGCACAGCAAUAAUGUGGAUUCUGAUAUGAUAAAGGCGCGCAUUGCCACGCCAGCUGCCACUUUUGAAAAGUUGCAGCAGCAGCAGCAGCAACAACAUCAUCAGCAACAACAGCAGCAGCAACAACAGCAGCAGCAACAACAGCAGCAGCAACACUUGCAACAGCAACUUCAGCAGCAGCAGCAACAUCAGCCGCAACAACAGAUUCAAUUGCAGCUACAGCAGCAGCAACAGCAGCUGCUGCAGCAACAACAGCUACAACAACAGCAACAACAGCAGCAACAACAUCUGCUGCAACAACAGCAACAGCAGCAACAACAACAGCAUCAUCCGCAGCAAUUGCAGCAGCAGCAACAGCAGGUACAACAGCAACUACAACAGCAGCAGCAGCUGCAGCAACAGCAGCAGCAACUACAACAGCAGCAGCUACAGCAGCAACAACAUCAGCUACAACAGCAGCAGCAGCAGCAACUACUACAGCAGCAGCAGCAGCAGCAACAUCAGCUACACCAACAACCAGUAACAGCAGCAGGCGCUGAGCCAAAGGCCGUGGAGCAGCGCAAGCGACGAAAGCGCGAGGCACAAAAGCCGCGACGCAGCAAUGCGAAUGCUGCUGCCGGCGCUGCCGCCGCUGCUGCUGCUGCCGCGGCGGCUGCUGCCGCUGCCAAUAGUAGCAUCAGGGACAUGCCGCCGGGCGCAUUGCCCGCCGGCUCUGUGGCCCCGUUGGCCAAUAUGUCGGGCAACACGCAGCUGAGCGGGCCGCUGGCCACAGCUGGCAGCCAUUCGCUAGCGGGCAGCAGCGGGUCCGGCGGCAUGGGCUCGCCCAUGCUGAAGAAGCGCGUGCGCAAGUUCUCCAAGGUCGAGGAGGAUCACGAUGCAUUUACCGAGAAGCUAAUGACCCACAUACGCCAAAUGCAGCCGCUGCAGGUGCUCGAGCCGCUGCUCAAUCGCAACUUUCUCAUUGGCAGCGGACCCUGCUUUGGCAGCAAUGGCAGCAAUGCCAACGGCGCCGGCGGCGGCAAACUUAAGGCCAUAUCGCGUGCUCUGCAGCUGCAGCGACAGCUCGACGAUGGCGACGGCAGUAGCAGCAGUAGCAGCAGCAGCAGCAGCAGCAGCGGCAGCAUUGACUGCGAUCAGCUGCUCGGAAGGAUUGGGCAGCUGCGUCAUCCCAGCAUCAAGUCGCUGUACGACAGCGAACGCUUCGGCGGCAGCGGCGACGCCAGCGCCAACAGCUUUGCCAGCAGCAGCAGCAGCGGCAGCAACAACAUCCAGUCUAGCAGCGGCUCGCUGUCGAGCAUACAGAACGACUUUUACGAUCAGGAGUUCUCCACGCACAUCCAGCGCAAUCCGCGCGAGCGUCUGCAGCGCCUGAUUAGCGCGGUGCGCGAUUGCAACCUGGAGACCACGGAGCUGGUCGAGCUGCAGCAGCAGCAACAGCAGCAGCAGGCAACGGGCAUGCGUUUGGAUGGGCCCGUUGCCUGGUCGCGGCUGAGUCGUUAUCCGGGCCUGGUGCUGCUCAAUACCAACAGCAAUCAGCGCUGUGCACCGGGACGCAUGUCACCCGUCGCGGUGGCCAUGGAUGCGACUACGAUGCGUCCGCCUGUCUCGCCGCUUUUGCGCAGCUGCGGCGAGGAGUUGCGCAAGGCGCAGCAGCUCGAUCUGGGCAUUGGCUUGGGCCACAAUCCCAGCACCAGCAGCACCACCAACAGCACCACCAACAGCACCAACAGCACCAACAGCAACAACAGCAGCACCAACAACAAUAAUAAUUACCAGCAGAAGAACCAAAAUGUGAUACUCUCACUGCACAACUCGGCAACGGACAACAUUGCCGGCGUGCUGCGAGAUUUGGCGAAUCUGUUGCACUUGACGCCCGCGCUAACCUGCAAACUGAUCGAUGCCUCAACGGCGGACAAGGCCAAGGAGCCAAGCGAAGCAGAGCCGGCUCCUGGCCAGAGCAACUCGGCACCGGCACCAGCAACAGCUGUCACUAGUCACGGCAACCUGCGCAAAAUACUCACCGGACAGCGGAAGCUGUGCCGUUGCUGCGGCAGCGUCAUUGCCGCCUUUGGCCUGCGCGUGCCGCAUCAAAAUUUGCCGGAGGAGCAGCCACCGCCCAUGCUGGCAAUGCUGCGUUCGCUGCUGCCGCGCAAAACCCCGUCGCCGCCGUAUGUCUACUUCUGCAAUCGCAGCUGCUUUGCACAGUACAAAUGGCGCGGCAAGGAGGAGCCAGCCGACGAGGAGGUGGCCGCUGCAGCAGCCGCCGCCUCGGCCACAACUUUGCCAAUAGCUGGCGAUGUGCCCGCAAGCGACACCCUAAACAUGCUGCCCAUUGACAAGGUUGAGCCCGACGAUAUUGAAAUGGAGCAACAGCAACAGCAACAGUUGCAGCAGCAACAACAACAACAACAAGAACAACAGCAGCAGCAGCAGGUGGAACAGACGCCAACAACGCCGCCCGUGAAGCGCAAGUGCAUCAUCAAGUACUACAGCGCCGAUUGCUUUGCAGCCAGCACAGAGCGUACGUCCGUCAAGCAGGAGAAUGAGACAACAACGGCCAAUAAUACCGUCUGGGAGACAGACUGCAAGAUAGAAGCUAUGGAGGAUACCCGCCAAUGCGUCUUCUGCAAUCAGCGCGGCGACGGCCAGGCCGAUGGACCCUCACGUCUGCUCAACUUUGAUGUCGACAAAUGGGUUCAUCUAAAUUGUGCCUUGUGGUCGAACGAUGUGUACGAGACGGUGUCGGGUGCGCUGAUGAAUUUCCAGACGGCGUUGCAGUCGGGACUGAAUCAGGCAUGCAGCGCCUGCCAUCAGCUGGGCGCCACCAUCAAGUGCUUCAAGUCGCGCUGCAGCAAUCUCUACCAUCUGCCCUGCGCCAUCAAGGAGGAGUGCAUCUUCUACAAGAACAAAUCGGUGCAUUGCAGCGCACACGCGGCCAGCAGUUCGGCGGGUGUCACCGAAAAUGAGCUCAGCUCGUUUGUGGUCCAUCGACGGGUGUUUGUCGAUCGCGAUGAGAACCGUCAGGUGGCCACGGUCAUGCACUACUCGGAGCUGAGCAACUUGCUGCGUGUGGGCAAUAUGACAUUUCUCAAUGUCGGCCAGCUGCUGCCGCAUCAGCUGGAGUCUUUCCACACGCCCAACUACAUAUAUCCCAUUGGCUACAAGGUGAGCCGCUACUACUGGUGCGUGCGCCGACCGAAUCGGCGAUGUCGCUAUAUCUGCAGCAUUGCCGAAAUCGGUUGCCGGCCGGAGUUCCGUAUACAGGUGCACGAUGCCAGUGACAAGGAGCCGGAUCGUGAAUAUCGCGACAGUACACCGACGGCCGUUUGGCAACAAAUACUGCAGCCCAUACAGCGUAUGCGCAAGGUGCACAAAUGGCUGCAACUCUUUCCGCAGCACAUCAGCGGCGAGGAUUUGUUUGGCUUAACGGAGCCGGCUAUUGUACGGAUAUUGGAGAGUUUGCCGGGCAUUGAGACGCUCACCGAUUAUCGUUUUAAAUAUGGACGCAACCCGUUACUGGAAUUCCCGCUGGCGAUCAAUCCGUCCGGUGCGGCGCGCACCGAGCCCAAACAGCGCCAGCUGCUUGUCUGGCGGAAGCCGCACACUCAGCGCACCGCCGGCAGCUGCAGCACCCAACGCAUGGCCAAUUCGGCGGCAAUUGCCGGCGAGGUGGCGUGUCCGUAUAGCAAACAGUUUGUCCACUCCAAGAGUUCGCAGUACAAAAAGAUGAAGCAGGAAUGGCGCAACAAUGUCUACCUGGCCCGCUCAAAGAUUCAGGGACUCGGCUUAUAUGCAGCACGCGACAUCGAGAAGCAUACGAUGAUCAUUGAGUAUAUUGGCGAGGUAAUACGCACGGAAGUAUCGGAGAUACGUGAAAAACAAUAUGAAUCGAAGAACCGUGGUAUCUAUAUGUUCCGCUUGGAUGAGGAUCGCGUUGUCGAUGCAACAUUGAGCGGCGGUCUUGCGCGCUAUAUCAAUCACUCCUGCAAUCCAAACUGUGUCACUGAGAUCGUUGAGGUUGAUCGCGAUGUGCGCAUCAUAAUAUUUGCCAAGCGUAAAAUCUAUCGAGGCGAAGAGCUCUCGUAUGACUACAAGUUUGAUAUUGAGGAUGAUGCGCACAAGAUACCCUGCGCUUGUGGUGCGCCCAAUUGUCGAAAGUGGAUGAAUUAGAGGCCAGCAGCAGCAGUAGCAGCAGCAGCAGCAGCAGCAGCAGCAGCUCUUACACCCAUACAACAACAAUCACCAGCAGCUGCAAAAAGAGUUCGGGUGCUCCCUCCCAGUGAACACGAUUUAAAUUGUUGUAUACAACCACAUCAUCAAAAUAGUAUAUAUUCUUUAAGCAGUAUAUAUGUACAUAUAUUUAUUAGAUAUAUAUAUGCAUGUAUCUACACACACACACACACACAUAUAUAUAUAUAUAUAUUUCGAAAUGCACGAGUGUAAAUGGCAUAAAAUCUUGUAAGUUAUCUGUGUGUGUGCCCGCGAAUGCGCCACUCGUGUAUAUUGUAGCUAAUUUGUAUCCUAUUGCUCAUAAGCCAAACGUGUUUUGUAGUAUAAUUAAAAAGAGAAAGAAAAAAAACAAAAAAAGAAAACAAAAACAAAAACAAAAACAAAAAGGAAAAUUUCACGCAUAAAAUAUUUGUAGUUACAACUUUUAAGCAUGUAUUUUAUGUUACUUGAUGAUUAUUCGUAUGUAUUACGUGCGUACAUAUAUUAUAUAAUAUAUAUUUAUAUAUAUAUGUAUCUGUACAUCUAUCUACCCAAUAUCUGUAAACAUCAAAAGCAGACCUGGGUGUGCCUUCGUUCGUUUUUUUUUUUUUUUAUCAUUAUUAUUAAAUUCUUUUUAGCUGUUACGAGACUGUAUAGGAAGAAAACAAAUGAAACAAUCUCUUCCCAGGUGGUGUAGUAAUUUAUUUGAUGUACAUCCAAAAUUGAAUGUAUUUUUUUUACUUAAUUUCUUUUCUAAUUUUUAACAUACAAAUAUCAAUCAAUGUGUAUCUAUCUUUAGUUGUUAAGUAAAUGUAAACACUUUAAAAACAUAUAACAAUUUUUACAUAUAUACAUAUAUAUAUGUGUAUAUAUAUAUAUAUAUAUGUGAUUUUUUCGUUUAUUUAUAUAUAUUAUAUUUACAUAAAACUUUUUUGUUCAUGUAGUGAAACAAUUUAACUAAAUUUUCUUCAACAAUUUACAUAAUAUGAAUGUACCCCGAAUUGUCAUUGAAUAUAUGUAUAUAUAUAUAUAUAUAUAUAUAUAUAUAUGUGUAGCUUGUUUAAAGUUAAUAGUUGGGUGUGUGUUUGUGUACAUUUAUAAAUGUUGGCUACGUCUUUUUUCUAAUGCGGCUAAAUAAUUGUUGCACUUCCACGGCAAACGCUAACGUGAGCAUGUCAAAAUUUUUAAUAUACCACGAUAUAUUGUACAUCAAAUGGAUGCGUCUGUUCUUGUCGAGAAAGGAUUUAUAAAAAACACUCAUUUGAUCGGCGCUUAUCUCGUCGUUCCCGCUUAAUUUGUGCAAUCGUAUGAAAUCCGCUUUUUCCUGCAAAAAUAAAAAACAAACAUAAUAAACAAAAAUGUAUUAUAAA